AUGCCUUCUAACAACAGGACGGUCUUCUCCUUAAUCAUAAUCAACAAAGCCGGUGGCCUCAUCUACCAGCGCGAGUUCCAGCCCGGCUUGCGCAAGCUGUCGACAAAUGAUUACCUCGUCUUAGCGGGCACCUUUCACGGUGUCCACGCCAUUACUCGCUCUAUCACACCUAAACUGCCUAUCUCACAACCGACGCCCUCCCCCGCUAGCUCCUCCCCGGGCACCACCACUCCUGCUGCGUCCGGAUACUCCUAUCCGAAUCCCGGCGUGCCAGUAACUGGCCUGGAUUACCUCGAGACCGACAAGUUCCGAUUGACAUGUUUCCAGACUUUGACGGGGACGAAAUUCUUAUUGUUCACGGAUCCGAUGACUGGCAAUGUGGAGACAAUCGUGCAGAAGAUCUAUGAGCUCUAUGCGGACUACGUGAUGAAGAAUCCAUUCUAUCAGCUCGAGAUGCCUGUGCGGUGUGAGGCAUUUGAUAGGCAUCUCGGCGCAUGGUUGAGAGGGAGGACAUAA